AUGGGCUUCUUCAAAAAUUGCUGGGACCUGCUUCUGCAUCUUCCAUACUUCUCUCCCCUGGGCGGUGGCUUUGACCGGGAUGGCUCACAGCUUCCGCUCUCCUCCGACCCCAGUGGCGGCGUAGUCAUACGCCCACAAAAUGCUUCACCUGGCUUCACCUGCUCGUACCCGAGCUUAGAUGGCUGGGAGAGCUGCAAUACCCCUAACGACAGAGGCUGUUGGCUGAGAGACACCAAAGCGAGACAGCCUUAUUUCUCCCAGUACGACCUUCACACAGACUACGAGACCAUCUGGCCAAAGGGCGUGACCAGGGAGUACUGGAUCAACCUCAAAGACCAAGUGCUCGUCCCCGAUGGAUAUUCUAAGCCAUAUGGCAAAGUUGUCAAUGAUACAUAUCCCGGUCCCCUGAUCGAGGCUUGCUGGGGUGAUGAAGUUGUUGUCCACGUGACGAACUAUCUCCAGACGAACGGCUCUACGAUCCACUGGCAUGGUGUAAGACAACAGUACAGCAACGAGAUGGACGGAGUGAACGGAGUAACACAAUGUCCCAUUGCUUACGGCGAGACCUUCACCUAUCGCUUCAGGGCACAACAGUAUGGAACUUCGUGGUACCAUUCGCACUACUCGCUCCAAUAUCCCGACGGUGUAGCCGGGCCCCUUGUCUUCCACGGUCCUACGUCAGCCGAUUGGGACGAAGAAUGGGAAGUCCCCCUGAUGAUGACGGACUGGGUACACGACUCGGCCUUCGGUAUCUUCUCCACCAUGGAACUCCAGGGUAAGCCUCCAGUCGGCGAUAGCAUACUGCUGAAUGGACAUGGCCACUAUGAUUGCUCCUUAUCCGACGAUCAAUCCCGAUGUGCCCCGGGUUAUGCAUCUUACUACAACCGAACCUUCCAGAAGGGUAAAAGGUAUCUGAUACGGCUGAUCAACUCCUCUGUCAACGCUGCGUUCAUCUUCAGCAUAGAUGGACACAACAUGACGGUUAUAUCUACGGACUUUGUACCCAUUAAGCCCUAUAACACGACUGCAGUUCUUGUCAAUAUAGGCCAGCGCUACAAUAUUAUUGUCGAAGCAAAUGCUGAUCCAGGAGAUUAUUGGAUCCGUACUGAGAUCCCUGGAGGAGACGCAGGCUGCGGAAAGGUCACCGACAAGCACGGAAAUGUCACGGGCAUCCUUCGCUAUGACGCCAGCAGCACUGCGUUACCUACUUCAUCCCAAAACGUGUAUGAGUCCGAUUGUCACGACGAGCCGAAAGAGAGCCUGCGCCCGAUUCUCCCCUGGAUGGUUGACCCGCACCCGCAAAACGACGUGCAUAAUAAUACAUAUGAAGUCGGAAUUAGUGAGGUCCAAUUCCACAACGCUUUCCGCUGGGAUCUGACCGACACGCCCAUGUGGCUUGAUUUCUCAAACCCCACGAUCCUGAAUCUGGAGAACACAGAUUGGAAUCCGGAAUACGCUGUCAUAAACUACAACUACAAUCGCGGCUUCGUCUAUCUCGUCAUCACGGGUAACCUGGAGCGUCUGGGUGCCAACAAGACCGAAGUCCCUGCUGGUCACCCGAUCCACGUGCACGGGCACGACUUCGCCAUACUGGCGCAAGAGAACCGCACGUAUGAUGAGAUCCGCGACCCUCUCGAAACGUUCAACCUCAACAACCCUCCGCGCCGCGACGUCGUGUUCCUGCCGUCCAACGGCUUCGUGGCGCUGGCGUUCAAGCCGGACAACCCCGGUAUCUGGCUGGUGCACUGCCACAUCGCCUGGCAUGCUAGUUCUGGUCUCGCUUUGCAGAUUUUGGAGAGGCAACCGGACAUCCUCGACUCCAUUGGGACUUUGGAAGCUACCAACAAGACAUGUGAUGGUUGGGACGCAUAUGUGAAGGCACAUCCGAUCGAUCAGGAUGAUAGCGGUAUUUGA